CUCUUCUUCUCUCACUUCAAUCCUUUCAUUUUCUCCGGCAACCGGCGCCACCGCAAGGUCCAUCUUUUUCGGGUCGGGUCGGCCGGUAUGAUAGUCGAGGCAAGUUUGGUUUUUACAGGUCUUAAAAGCUAGGGCUUUGACUCUUUUGUUUCCUAUUUCGGUGUGGUGUGCUGCUCGAGCACUUUCCUGCUAAUCUGUCAAGUAAAUUAGCGUUUCUACUGUUGCCUAUACACUCUAGGUAACAAAGAGAUUGCCUUUUGAUUUCAUUCUCGGGAAGCUUAAGAGAAUGCAUCUGCUAUCUCAGUUGUCUGGUGUGAUGGUAAUUUUCUUUGAUCUGCUGUGCCACAAGGAGUCAAGACUGACUUUUAAGCCUUUGUGCAUGCAGUGUUUAGAAAUGAUCCUUGAUGCUCUUUGACGGGCUGAACUAGCCAGUGUGAGCACUUCUAUGAGAAAAAUGAGCAUCCAAAGGGAUUCCUCACAGAGUUUAACAAUUUAGCUGCCUGUAUCCAGCUAAAAGUUUGGUACAUGCAACAGCUGACUGUUCUUGCCCACGCUAAUUUUAUAUAGCAAUGCGUUCAUGGUGGGGGAAGUCUUCAUCUAAGGAUGUUAGGAGGAAAUCCACUAAGGAGAGUUUCAUUGACAUAAUAAAUCGGAAACUGAAGAUUUUCACCACGGAAAAAUCAAGUGGUAAAUCUGGAUCAUCUCGAAGACGACAUAAAGAUACAAAUUCAGUGAAGGGUUAUCAAUCAAGGGUUUCAAGGUCACCAUCACCAUCUACGCCAGAUUCACGCAGUCAAGUCUUUGCUGAUAGGACUUCUUCUCAACCACUUCCUCUUCCUGAGGGUCACUCUUCUAAUGUACAUCUUGUCGACUCUGAUAACAGUGCAUCCAUAAUAUUAGUGACCGGUGAAGUCUCCGAGUCAUCAUUGACUUUGCCUCUUCCCAUGCCCAGGCAUCUUCCACAUGGACCAGCUGCUGCAGGCGUUGACAGGGACUUACCAACUGCUUCUGUUUCGUGUGACAGCUCCAGUGACAGUGAUGAUCAAACUGACUCACGGCUUCUAAGUCCCCAAACAUCUGAUUAUGAAAAUGGGAGCAGAACUGCCUUGAAUAGUCCUUCCAGUUUGAAGCAGAAGGUUCAAUCCCCUAUUGCAUCCAAUGCAAGUUCAGGAGAGAUGCUGAAGUCAGCUACUCUUUUGUCAAACAAUCAGGCGAUCCCUACAUCUCCUAGACAGAGGCUUUUAAGCUCUCAUGUACCAGGCUUACAGAUUCCUCAUCAUGGUGCUUCCUACAGUGCUCCUGACAGCUCGAUGUCAAGUCCUUCAAGAAGUCCCAUGAGGAUAUUUGGGCAUGAAACGGUCAUGAACUCUGGUUUCUGGCUAGGGAAGCCACAUGGAGAGAUAACCUUCUUAGGAUCAGGGCACUGCUCUAGUCCAGGUUCUGGCCAAAAUUCUGGGCACAAUUCGAUUGGAGGUGAUAUGUCAGCGCAGCCCUUUUGGCCACACAGUAGGUGUAGUCCUGAGUGUUCACCUGUACCUAGCCCUAGAAUGACUAGUCCUGGUCCUGGCUCUAGGAUACAUAGUGGUGCUGUAACUCCCUUGCAUCCUCGAGCUGGAGGAACGUUGGCUGAGUCUUCCACAGCUUCACUUGAUAAUGGAAAACAACAAAGUCAUCGUCUGCCUCUUCCUCCCAUAUCAAUCCCUCAUUCUUCUGCUUUUUCUUUGUCAUGCUCAAUGGCUCCUGCAAUUCCACGAAGUCCUGGUAGAACAGGUAAUCCUCCAAGCCCUGGGCCACGUUGGAAGAAAGGACGUCUGAUUGGUAGAGGCACAUUUGGACAUGUGUACCUUGGUUUUAACAGUGAAAGCGGUGAAAUGUGUGCAAUGAAGGAAGUAACACUUUUUUCAGACGACCCAAAGUCCAGAGAAAGUGCACAGCAGCUUGGACAAGAAAUAUCUCUGCUAAGUCGGUUGCGCCAUCCAAAUAUUGUGCAAUAUUAUGGCUCUGAAACAGUAGAUGACAAGCUAUACAUAUACCUUGAGUAUGUUUCAGGUGGUUCGAUCUAUAAAAUUCUUCAAGAAUAUGGUCAGUUGGGUGAGCUAGCAAUUCAAAGUUAUACUCAACAAAUUCUGUCUGGACUUGCAUAUUUGCAUGCAAAAAACACAGUGCACAGAGAUAUUAAAGGAGCAAACAUACUGGUUGACCCAAAUGGCCGCGUUAAAUUGGCAGACUUUGGGAUGGCAAAACAUAUAACUGGUCAAUACUGUCCUUUGUCUUUCAAGGGAAGUCCUUACUGGAUGGCACCUGAGGUUAUUAAAAAUUCAAAUGGUUGCAAUCUUGCGGUAGACAUAUGGAGCCUUGGAUGCACGGUUUUGGAGAUGGCAACGACAAAACCACCUUGGAGUCAGUAUGAGGGGGUCGCUGCUAUUUUUAAGAUUGGAAACAGCAAGGAAGUUCCAGCAAUUCCCUAUCACCUGUCAGAUGAGGGCAAGGAUUUUGUGCGGCAAUGUCUACAACGCAAUCCACUCCACCGUCCAACAGCUUCUCAGCUCUUGAAACAUCCCUUUGUCAAAAGUACUGCUCCAAUGGAAAGAUUCAUUGGCAUUGGACAUUUAAAAGAUCCACCAUGUGUGGGCUCAGAAGAAGUUGCAGUUCAUCAUCAGCCUAGAGAUUCAAAUUUUUUCCCUGGAUUUAGCGAUGUACCUGUUCCAAGAUCUUGCCCAGUUUCUCCAGUUGGGAUAGAGAGCCCUAUUUACCAUUCACAAUCACCUAAACAUAUGAGUGGAAGAUUGUCCCCCUCUACUAUAUCAAGCCCCCGUGCUGUAUCUGGUUCAUCAACACCUCUUAGUGGUGGUGGUGGUGCUGUUCCACUAUCUAACCCAAUGAUGUCAACAACUUCUUCAUCAGAAGACGUGGGAACAUCACCAAAGGCCCAAAGUUGUUUUUACCCUGAUGAUUACACUAGUCACGGUCUGAAGUCUGACAUGUUUCGAGGAACACUUCCAUAUGGCAAUGGUUUUUUUGGAGAAAAUUUUGGGGGCCAUGCUCAAAGUGGCGUUAAUGGACAACCAUAUCAGGGACAGUCAGUAUUAGCUAAUAGGGUUGCUCAGCAGCUUUUAAGGGACCAAGUAAAAUUGAGCCCAUCGUUUGACCUGAACCCAGGCUCUCCUGUUUUUAGUUGGGAUAAUGGGGUCUAACUUUGUAAAAGCCACCUGAAAAGGAAUGAUAUCUCAUGGAACAAUUGUACAGUAACCAUACCAAAAUGACUGUAGUUCACUGAAUAAAAGUGUUGAAGCUGAUGAAAGGAGAAGGCUCUCUCAGUAUCCCAAUCUAUUCGUUCCCAGUUGCUAUCCAAUCACCAUGCUAGGAGCCUCAUGCAGCUGUGCUAGGAAUUCUCUUUCUUUUGGGAUCCUCGUUGCGUAUAAGAUCUUUUUCUUCGGGUUGAAAUACUAGGGGAGACGAGAAAAUGGUCAUACAGCUGUACAAGGCUGGACUUCAUAGGACUGACAGGUUCAAAGAUUAGACGGGGAAUCUCAGGCUUGGUUGAGAUAUUUUUUUUGGUAAAUUGUUCAUUGUAAAGCUCUCUCAUAUACUCUUAUGAGCCUGUUGUAUCUAUCUUGUAUUAUGGAUCCUUGAAAACCAGCUUUAAUCCAAAUUUUUCAACCAUGUUGCAAACUUUAAAGUUGAAUGUGAGUUCAACUUUCAUUCUGUGUAAGUUUGAGAAGCAUGUAUGACUAAUGCUGGCUAUUUACGUGCCUUUCGUUUUA